AGCUGCAGACCUCGACGAGUGCGGACACACUCACUGUCGUCACACAGAAGAUGGCCAACAAGCUGAUGCUCCUGCUCGUCGCCGUGUCGGCGCUCGCCGCCGUCCACGCGCAGAUCCCCAACGUCGGAUGGUGCCCAGAGUACCUGCCGAUGACCGAUUUCGACAUGAAUCGCUUCCUCGGCAAGUGGUACGAAGCGGAGCGGUAUUUCACCUUCACCGAGGUGGUUUCCCGUUGUGUUGUUACCGACUACGCCAAGGCCCCCAGCGGAAGGAUUUUCGUUAGUAACGAAGUCACCAACAGAUUAACUGGAGUCACCAGAAUCAUCAAUGGUAACAUGGAGUUGUUGGGCAAGGGUGACGAAGGUCGUAUCCAUGUCAAAUACGCUACAACCCCAAUUCCCACUGAGACCACCCUCACUGUUCUGGAGACUGAUUAUGAUAACUUUGCUAUUGUAUGGUCCUGCAAUGGUUUUGGACCAAUUCAUACCCAAAACGCUUGGUUGAUGACCCGUGAACGUCUCCCAAGUGGUAACAUCCUCCAAAAGGGUUACGUCGCCCUUGAGAAGUUUAAGAUCAACCGCACCUUCUGUAAAACCGACCAGGAAGGAUGUUUCCUUGCUGCAUCCGAUAUUAAUGCCUCUAAUGGUAUCACUUCCCAAUCCACCGUCCCAGAGUUCUCUGGUAGUGACCAACGUGAUGAAGCAGCUGAAGGUCUCCGCACCGCUGGUGUCCUCGAAGGUGACAAACCAGUAGCCGUCAAGGAGAAUGAAAUUAAACCUCAGACUACUGAGAUCAAACCAGAAACCCUUGAGAUCAAACCUUCUGAACACACCAGACCAGUUAAACCCGUGGAGAUCAAAGAAGAACCCAAACCAGAAGCAGCUACUUUGAAAGUAGAAAAGGUUGAGAAGGUUGAACCAGAAACUCCAAAGGUUGAAGAGGUAAAACCCAUUGUAGAAGAGAAGAAAGAAGAAAAAGUGCCGGUCGUGAGCGUCCCGGACCAUAUCCUGAGCGCUACCGCUACCAAAGCUUAAAAAGCUUGCAAGCCAUCCUAUGUUCGACAUAAUUUAACAAACUAUUUAUUUUAUUUAUUUAUAUUUUACCGAUAUGUGUAAAUAAAUUUAUAUUGUGUUUUUUUACACAAAAA